GAAAACUUUUAUUUCGAGACACUGAAAGAUCCAAGACUCUGAAAAGAUCCUAGACUCUGAAAGAUCCUAGACUCUGAAAAGAUCCUGAACUCUGAGAGAGCCGAGACACUAAAAGAUCCUAGACUCUGAGAGAGCCGAGACACUAAAACGUCCUAGAUUCUGAGAGAGCCGAGACACUAAAAGAUCCUAGAUUCUGAGAGAGCCGACACACAAAAAGAUCCUAGAUUCUGAGAGAGCCGAGACACUGAAAGAUCCUAUAUUCUGAGAGAGCCGAGGCACUAAAAUAUCCAAGAAUCUGAGAGAGCCGAGACAAUAAAAGAUCCUAAAUUCUGAAAGACUCUGAAAUCAGAGCCGAAAUGGCUCAAAGUAUCCGCAACCUUUAUAAUGGAUACGCCGCUGCUAUUCAGCCGAGGAACAACCCUGGGACUUCUGCUUCUCGCGGGAUUAUCGACCUACACGACCGUGUCCUGGAGAAAUAUGUAGGUCACCUGGUCAUAGAUUGUGACAUGUAACGUUUGGUACUAACGUCUUUGGGGUCAUUUUUAUAUAUCUUCAAAAUGUGUAGACAUCCCCCCACCCGCCCCCACACACCCUUUUUACCGCAAAGUUGCCUUUGAGUUUGAGGGCCAGACGGUAUAUUUGACAAUAGGGCGAGACUGUAUGUUUGACAAUAGGGUCAGACUGUAUGUUUGACAAUAGGGUCAGACUGUAUGUUUGACAACUGGGCUAGUCUAUUUGUUUAACAAUAGGGUAAGACUGUAUGUUUGACAACUGGGCCAGUCGGUAUGUUUGCCAACUGGGCUAGUCUGUAUAUUUUGACCAUUGCGACAGACUAUUUUUGACAACUGGGCUAGUCUGUUUGUUUGACAACUGGGUUAGAAUGUAUGUUUGACAACUGGACCAGUCUGUUUAUUUGAUCAUUGGGAUAGACUGAAUGUUUGAAAACUAUUGACAAGGCCGGGAGCUAAAAAUAAAUUAAGGUCAACAGUUCUAAUUUUCAAUAAAAAUAAAAAAAACAAAAACAUAAUAAUUGAUGGACUGCAUUCAAGUUGUGUGAUUGAAAUAUAAGAACAAAGUGUGUUAACUUUAAUUCAUAAACAGGACAAAAUCUUUUGACCUGUUUAUGAAUUCCAGUUUAAAAUUAUACCUUGUUCUCAUAUUUCAAUAAAAAUCAAAUAGAUUGUAAAUAUACGAUUACUAUGGUAAUGGCUUAACAAUUGCCUAACAUUGUUGAUAAGAGUGGGGAAUGGAUCAACUAUUGCCUACCAUUGUUGAUAAGAGCGGGGAAUGAAUCAACUAUUGCCUAACAUAACCCUAUGUGGCACAUUUCCAUUUCUGAGCAAUAUUUUUGUUCUUCUCUUAGGGGGCGCCAGUGUCAAAUGGUACAUUCCAUCUUAGGGGGGCCCCAGUGUCAAAUGGUACAUUCCAUCUUAGGGGGCGCCAGUGUCAAAUGAUACAUUCCAUCUUAGGGGGCGCCAGUGUCAAAUGAUACAUUCCAUCUUAGGGGGCGCCAGUGUCAAAUGAUACAUUCCAUCUUAGGGGGCGCCAGUGUCAAAUGGUACAUUCCAUCUUAGGGGUUGUAAUGAUACAUGCCAUGUUAAGGGGGCGCCAGUGUCAAAUGGUACAUUCCAUCCUAGGGGGCGCCAGUGUCAAAUGGUACAUUCCAUCUUAGGGGGCGCCAGUGUCAAAUGGUACAUUCCAUCUUAGGGGGCGCCAGUGUCAAAUGAUACAUUCCAUCUUAAGGGGGCGCCAGUGUCAAAUGGUACAUUCCAGAUUGACACAAUGAUCGAGAGAUGAAACAUGAUCCUUUUCGUUUAUUUCCCCCCACAGAAAUACUCUCCAAACAGAUUUGAAGGCAAGUUCCAGGAGUAUGUCCCCACAUACCAUACACGGCUACCACGUGCUCCAGCCCUACGUGUUGUCUCGGCUCACGAAGUGCAGCAAAUUACAGACAGGUUGUACCGAUCUAUUUCAAGAAAGCCGGAACAGACAGCAGACAGACCAACAAAAACACCCAUGGGAGGACCAGCAAAAACACCCAGGGGAGGGCCAACAAAAACACCCAGGGGGGGACCAGCAAGACAAGAAGACUCCAAGACUUUUAAGAGUCAAAAACAUCCAUCUGAAAUCGAAAAAAUUGAUUCAAAGAAAAAGAUCAAGGAGACUAAGACAAGCGCAUCUUGGUUUGUUUCACUUUCACAGACACAGACAUUUCAAUCGGAUGCACACAAUGAUCAGCCUCAGAACCUUCAGUCAGAUUCAUUCAAUAGUCAAAGUCAUUCACACAAUGAUCAGCCUCAGAACCUUCAGUCAGAUUCAUUCAAUAGUCAAAGUCAUUCACACAAUGCUCAGCCUCAGAACCUUCAGUCAGAUUCAUUCAAUAGUCAAAGUCAUUCACAC